AUUUCCAUUUUAGGCAGUAUCAAAACAAAGUUAAUCCUUUUCUCCUCAUUUGUUUGACCUUGCCUCUCCUUGUAUGCUUCAUCUUGCCGUUUGAAAAAAAAAUCGUUCCUUUUCUUAUUCCUUCUUUUCUUUCGUCAAUAAUAAAACAUCACACAGAAACAACUUAACAUGAAUCCUCAAAUCCCAGCAAUCCUUAACGCUAUCAAAAACAAUAACGAUUCAAUGCUUGCACUUGCACGGUCGGUCGGCUCCUUGGAAAGGGAAGUUGAUGUCACAUGCUGUCCUUUCAUGUCCAUCUGUAGAAUCUUCCAGCUCCGUAUCAAGAGCGUUUUCUUCUGGGCUGUUCGACGGCAUGCUCUUGACACUGUCUUACAAACGCAAAGUCGACUCACAGACGAAGUUUGUAAUGGAGGAGCUGACCAGUCUGUGCCACGACGUCGUCAGGGAGCACCAAUUGGAUAUCACGCGCAGCGACGCAGUCAAUAUCAGGGACAACAUAUGGGGACGAUCUGGGAUAAUGGUCGAUGGGCGGCUUCUACCAAAAAUCAACAUUAUCAAGCGCUCCACAAGAGGAAACAUGUGUUUUUUCAGAAUAAAGGUAUAUAUACUCUACCAAUGCAGAUGUAUUUGACGUACUUCAUAGCACACACACUGGUUGUACUCAACCAGCGUUCGUCAACACCAUGAGGUUGCGUUGCCGUCGACAUCAAACACAGACGACUGUUCAAGGCUCCUAGUGUAAUAGUCGGAAGACGAAGACGCGUCGCAACU